UGACAGUGACAGGGUCACUGAGCUCACUGCCCUUCAACUGUACCCAGGCACUGCCUGUCCCCAAACCCAUUGGCGGUGUGGUGAUCUUCGCUGUGAACUCGCUGCUGUACCUGAACCAGAGCGUGCCCCCGUACGGGGUGGCGCUCAACAGCCUCACCUGCGGCACCACCGUCUUCCCGCUGCGGGUCCAGGAGGGCGUGAGGAUGACUCUGGACUGUGCCCAGGCCACCUUCAUCUCCUAUGACAAGAUGGUCAUCUCUCUCAAGGGGGGCGAGAU